AUGGAAACCCUGGCCUCCGUUUGGGUCCAUGACCCCGUUGACCUCAGCGACCUCGGAGAGCAGCGUGACGAGUCAUCGCCCGAAUGGGAGUCUCAUUGUGUCUUUGACUCCACGCCUCCGGCUGCUCUGAUGUGGACGGAAGGUCUCUCUCCUCACCUCCAGAGAAACAAACAGCUCCAGGACACUCUGCUGCAGAGGGAGGAGGAGCUGGCCAGGCUGCAGGAGGAGAACAACAAGCUCAGAGCAUUCCUCAAUUCCUCCUUUGUGAGAAACCUGGAACAAAAGGCAAAGAAAUUAACUGCUGAUGGGAGGAGGAAGCUGAAGAGAAGCCUGGCUUGCUUUGACAGUUUCUGUGGUGAUCAGCGUGCGCCCCCCCAACAAAUCAGCAAAAGAGUCUGCAGGAACCUCACUGCCGAGUUCUGCUCUGAGUCUUUAGAGACAUCUGCUUGCUCAGAACCAAACCUGGACCUCUGGGUCCUUCGAACUCUGGGACUGAAGGAUCGGGACACCAUCGAUACAUCCGAGGAAUCCUCCUCUGAAUGCAGCCUCAGGAGUUUGGUUUAUGAUACUGCCGUCAAUCCAUCCUCAUUCCCAGAAUGCAAUCCCAACUCUUCUUUCGGCCCGCCGGUCAUCACAUCCACAGACGCUUCAGUCCACAGUUACUGUCAAAGAGCAACACAUGAAACCAGCUGUAGGUACAGUGCUGCUGAAUGCCAAGAAGCAAACUGUGAAAAUCCUCCUGAGUCAGCUUCAAACUGCCCAGACGACUUCACUGCCACUCGAGUGAGCACACAUUACGAGUUUCCUGAAGCCAUGACCAGGACCUAUAGCGCCCCGUCUGCUGAGACCUGUUCUCUCACUGCCUUCAGUCAAGUCCAGACUCUGGAGGGAAAUCCUGCUGACCAUCACUCUUACUGGUCUUCACUACAAGAAACCCAGACACCAUCACAAGACACGAUCCAGUUCAACCCACCAGCAGAAAGAGUCUUUCCCCCCCCUGUGUUGCCUUCAGGUGCAGACCAACCCAGGAAUUCUGCUAGUGGCUUCAUUCCAACGAGCCCAUGUCAUCCUCCGGCAGCACCACAUACGCCUCGCAACCGGACAGAUUUGGCAUUCAGCAUGUCCCUCAGUCCGUCCAGCAGCGUCAAGACCCACAGCUUCCCCCAGGGACAGGCCUUUGUCAGAAAGGACGUGGAGGGCCGGUGGAACUUUACCUGGGUUCCCAGACAAGAACCGUAG